AUGCCCUCCGAGCUGCUCUCAGCACUUUUCAAGCGCCGCUCCGAUGUGGAUUCUGCGGGGCAGACCUGGGAAUCCAGGCCCACGGAGUCCUCGGCGGACGCUGGAGCGUCACACCUUGCCGGUCUGACGUUCGAUGCGCCCUCGGCGCAGGAGUGGCUAAAGCAACUGGAGCCAUCGCCAGAAGAAGACCUAUUGGCAGAUGCCCUGGUUGAAGGACUGUCCGAGCGCCAGAAGGCUGCCCCGUCGCAUCUUCCCCGUGCCGUGAAGCCGGAGGAAUCCCAGCGCUUGAAUGCCCUGGUCAUGGAGCUAGCCUCCCUGCAAGAACAGUUUUCCAAGGAGCGAGAGCAACUUGGAGCAGAAAAGGAGGAAGUCCGAGCAAAGGCCAAAGACCUCGAGAGAAGAGAGGCAGAGCUGGAGGCCGAGAGACAGGCUCAGAGAAAGCGUGAAGAGGAGAAGGUUGAGGAUUGCAUCAACAUCGCGGUCGUGGGCAACUCUGGUGUCGGCAAGUCCCUUCUGAUUAACAGGCUGCGGAAGCUACGGCCGCAAGCAGAGGGAUGGGCUGCCGUCGGGGUGAACGAGACGACGAGAGUGCCCACCAUGUAUCCGUAUCCAAAUCAUCCGCUGGUCCGCCUCUGGGACCUUCCGGGCGCUGGAACGGCGGCCGUCCCUGCUGAGACGUAUCUGCAGGACAUGGGGCUGCGAUACUUCGACGAGGUGGUGGUGGUGACAGCUGGACGGUUCACAGAGAUGGAGGAGGCACUCCGUGGUGAACUGGAGCGCCACGGAGUCCCGUAUCGCAUGGUUCGGACCAAGGUGGAUCAGGACAUUGCCAACAACAAGGAGGACAACUUUGUGGAGAAGCAGGAGACUUUGAAGCAAAUCAGAGAGGACUUGGAGAAAACCCACAAAGUGGAAACCACAAGUCUUUACCUCGUGUCCUCCAGGGACCAAGAUGACUUCGACAUGAUGGCGCUUGUUCCCCGCAGCCUCCGUGGAAUGCGGCGCCUCGCAACUGCCACGCAGAGCUCUGUGCUUUAUCCAAUGACGAACCUCUCAUCCCUUCGUGGGAGCCAGCCCUUGCGCAUCGUGGCGGGCAAGGGUGCUAAAGUCUACGAUGAUACGGGGAAGGAAUACCUCGAAGCCAUGGCCGGGCUGUGGUGCACAGCUCUCGGCUGGGGCCAUGAAGAGUUGGUGGAUGCAGCUACACGCCAAAUGAGGAACUUGUCCUACUACCACUGCUUCGCAGGCAGACAGGUUCCCAUCGCAGAGGAGCUCGCCGACAAGCUCAUUAGCUUGGCUCCGGACACGCUGCAGGGCGGCAAGGUGUUCUUCGGAAUGUCCGGGUCGGAUGCCAAUGACACGCAGGUCCGGCUGCUCUGGCACUACAACACCGUCAGAGGUUUGCCACAGAAGCGAAAGAUCAUCGGCAGAGUCCAUGGCUACCAUGGGGUCACCGUCGCCAGUGGUUCCAUCACCGGCCUCCCGCACGUCCACGCGCAGAUGGGGCUUCCGCUCGACUUUGUGCGGCACGUCAGCUGCCCCUCCUUCUAUCGCUAUGGCCGAGACGGCGAGUCGGAGGCCGACUUCGUGCGACGCCUGGCCGCGGAGCUCGAGGAGCUGAUCAUCGCAGAGGGACCCGACCAGGUCGCUGCCUUCUUCGCCGAGCCCUUGCAAGGGGCCGGAGGUGUGAUACUGCCGCCUUCCGGUUACUUCCCGGCCAUGCGAGAGGUCUGCGAGAGGUACGACGUCAUGGUGGUGGGUGACGAAGUCAUCACCGGCUUUGGCCGAACCGGCAAAAUGUGGGGCUGUACUGCCUUUCAGCAGACCGUGGAUUUGCUGAGCUGUGCCAAGCAGCUUACCUCAGGGUACGUGCCACUCAGUGCUGCCAUCCUCCCGCGUUUCAUGUACGAUGCGAUCGAAGCCUCCACGGAGAGUCGAGGCGGAGUCUUCGGGCACGGCUACACCUACACGGGGCAUCCCGUGUCCUGUGCAGUUGCACUGAAGCUGCUCGAGAUUUACGAGCGGGAACAACUGCUGGAGCGGGUGGUGCAGCUAGCCCCUCAAUUCCAGCGGCGCCUCCGUGGUCUCGGAGAGCACCCCUUGGUCGGCGAUGCACGAGGGAUCGGCCUCAUCGGUGCCAUUGAGCUCGUGAAGGAGAAGGAAACCAAGCAGCCUUUUGAUGCCAGCCGCGCCAUGGCGGCCAAAGUCGUGCAGUUCGCUUUGGAACGUGGGCUUAUUGUCCGGGUGCUUCCCAAUGAUGUUGUAUCCAUUUGCCCCCCACUCAUUGUGAGCUCUGCAGAGGUCGAUGAGAUCUUUGAUCGUUUGGAGGGCGCACUUUCAGAUGCGCUUGCGGUGAUGCCUCGUCUUCUGGCAGAUCUUUUUCCGGGCCUGAAGCGUCAGUUGGAUCCAGACGCGCCUGUCUUCUGCCCUGCUGGCACUACGCAAGCAGCGCAGGUUCACAGCGCUCCAUCGGCUUGGACUGACGCCUGGGCUUUGCCGCCGGCGCUUUCUGUAGCACUCUCCGGCCUGCAGGGCGGUUGGUGCGAUGCGUACCGCUGCAUCUAUCUGGUGCAGAACGACCGCUGCCACAUCACGCUGAGUUCGGGUCAUCAUACAGUGGUACCGCUGUCACAAGAUACUCGGGCCGUGUGGUGGAUGCAGACUCUUCGCCGGCAUUGGGAGUUGCCCAAUGGGAGUUAUCCAAUUGGCCUUGGCCUUGGGCCAGUCCUGAACCAGUCUGAGCUGAAGCCUAGGCAGUCCUCAAGGCCAGAAGAAAAGGAGAGCUCCGAUGGAAGCCGACCAAUUCGCAAGAUCAACCUUUGGUGUGGACCGAGCCUCAAGAAGCUUCGGGAUGGUUUCAAUUCGGUCAUGGACAUCAGGACGCAGCACGAGCAAGGUUUGGAGUUUGACGAUGAAUUUCCGUUGGAUGACCACUUCGAGGGCCUGGGAGGAAGCCUUGGAUCUUCUGUGAAGAGAACCAUUUGCAAGUUCUGGGAGGAGGGGGCCUGCAAGAAUGGAGCGACCUGCACAUGGGCUCAUGGCGCAGAGGAACUCGGCAUGCCUCUGUCACCUCAGCUUGAAGCUAUGGGCCCAAAUGCAAAGAAGACACUUUGCAAGUUCUGGCUGCAGGGAACCUGCACGAAGGGCUCCUCCUGCACCUUCGCGCACGGAGACCAGGAGCUCGUGAGCACGGCCCCAGUGUCCACUCUGUGGCAAGGCCUGAUGCAGAGGAGGAGUGCAGCAGUUUCGACGGCUCCUUCGCAGGGCCCGUGGCGAGCUCCAUCAGCAGGCGUCAGCUCCAAGCGCACCAUCUGCAAAUUCUGGGAGCAGGGUCUCUGCACGAAGGGGGACAACUGCACCUUCGCUCACGGGGAGGAGGAGAUCGGGGCACCGUUGGUUGCAAUUGAGAACAUUCAGCGCGUUGAGCCCAUCCGGCCGGUCAAAGUCACAGGCCCAGCUGUUCCUUUCGGCGGUGCCGAUGCAGUUGUUGCAGGGGGGAACACCAAGCGGACGAUCUGCAGAUUCUGGGAGGAGGGCACCUGCACGCGUGGCGAUUGCACCUGGGCCCACGGCGAGGAGGAGCUCGGAGCACCUGUGCUCGAUCGGGCAACGGCACGUCGAGGCCCGGAAGAAGUUGUCAACAAGAAUCUCAGUUUGUGUUUGCUCUGA